AGCAAACAACCUCACCCACCAGCUCAGCCCAUCAUGAACUCCCUCCGCUUCGCCCGCGCAGCUCUCCGAGCUCGCCCUGCCGCUAUCCGAGUUCCCCUCCAGCGAAGGACCUACGCCGAGGCCGUUCCCGACAAGAUCAAGCUGAGCCUUGCUCUCCCUCACCAGGCCAUCUACAAGUCCCAGGAUGUCGUUCAGGUCAACAUCCCCGCCGAGUCGGGUGAGAUGGGUGUCCUCGCCAACCACGUUCCCUCCAUUGAGCAGCUGAAGCCUGGCCUGGUUGAGGUUAUUGAGGAGUCCGGUGGUGCCAAGCAGUUCUUCCUUUCCGGUGGAUUCGCUACCGUCCAGCCCAACUCUAUCCUGAGCAUCAACGCCGUCGAGGGUUUCCCCCUUGAGGACUUUAGCGCCGAUGCCGUCAGGGCUCAGAUCGCCGAGGCCCAGAAGGUUGCCAGCGGAAGCGGAAGCGAGCAGGACAUUGCCGAGGCCAAGAUCGAGCUUGAGGUUCUCGAGACCCUGGCUGCGCAUGUGAAAUAAAUGUGUGUACAGCGUUUUGUGGUGACGGAGGCCCUUGUACAUCAAUAUUCUACCCAUUCCUAGCACGGAGCCGUGACAAUUGAUACCGGUCCUGGUUGUGCUACCUCCUCAAUGCACUUUU